UGACAUCCAGACUUCGAGGGAGCUGAGGAGAGAAGGGGUCAAAUAUUUCACUUCACGGAUUGCUUCUGCAACAGCCUGUGGACAUAUUUGUGGAUCUUGUGUGGUAUCAUUACUUCACGUGAGGUUUUUCUUUUCGGAUAUGAAGCCCGGUAAGACUAAUUCUUUAGAAAAGACACGGCGGAGGCAUCACUGAAUAGCCUACUACAACGGGCGUUAGGAGAAGACUGGAUAAAGAAAGAACCGUUUCCUGCGUUUGACAGCACGGCGCGGUGGGCGAAAAAAAAAAAACCCUGUUUGGACUCUCGUUAGUUUUAACAGCUCUCAGCUGCAACAGAGGGCUUCGAAAUGUGUGACUUACUGCCAGCCUCGCAACCAGUGGAGAAAAUAGGUAAAAUGAAGAAGUUGAGAAGAACUUUGUCGGAGAGUUUUGGUCGAAUUGCCUUCAAGAAAGAGGACAGUGGCUUUGAUGAGAUAUGUGUGACGAAGAUGUCUACGCGCAGCGUGCAGGGUGCGGGGGAGCAGGGGGGUGUGCUGACGAAGGCUCUGGACCCCAUCCCUGAGGAGCGCAAGGCCCGCGUGCAGCGCACCCAGAGCGGCUUCGAGCCCUUCGAGAAGCCCGCCAGCCAGGUCAAGCGCGUGCACUCGGAGAACAACGCCUGCAUCCAGGCCCAGGCCAAGAGCUCGUCCGCGGGGAAGGAGUCGCCUAAGCUGCGACGACACUCCAGCCCCAGCUCGCCCACGAGCCCCAAGUUUGGGAAGGCCGACUCUUAUGAGAAACUGGAGAAGCUAGGGGAAGGAUCAUACGCCACUGUUUACAAGGGCAAAAGCAAGGUAAAUGGAAAGCUGGUGGCGUUGAAAGUCAUCCGACUCCAAGAGGAGGAGGGGACCCCCUUCACAGCCAUAAGGGAAGCAUCACUCCUGAAGGGUUUGAAGCAUUCCAACAUUGUGCUGCUCCACGACAUCAUCCACACCAAGGAAACUCUGACCCUGGUCUUCGAAUACGUGCAUACAGACUUGUGUCAGUACAUGGAUAAGCAUCCUGGUGGACUGCACCCCGACAACGUUAGGUUGUUCCUGUACCAGUUGCUGAGGGGCCUGUCGUACAUCCACCAGCGCUACAUCCUGCACAGAGACCUGAAGCCACAGAACCUGCUCAUCAGCGACACGGGGGAACUCAAACUCGCAGACUUUGGUCUGGCGCGGGCCAAGUCGGUGCCCAGCCACACGUACUCCAAUGAGGUGGUGACCCUGUGGUACCGACCCCCCGACGUCCUGCUGGGAUCCACAGACUACUCCACCUGCCUCGACAUGUGGGGUGUGGGCUGCAUCUUUGUGGAGAUGAUGCAGGGGGUGGCAGCGUUCCCCGGCAUGAAGGACAUCCAGGACCAGCUGGAGAGGAUAUUCCUGAUUAUUGGAACUCCUUCUGAAGAGUCCUGGCCCGGUGUGCACUCCCUCCCCCACUUCAAGCCUGAUCGAUUCACAGUCUACAGUCCCAAGAAGCUCAGACAAGCGUGGAACAAGCUGGGCUAUGUGGACCAUGCGGAGGAGCUGGCCUCCAGGUUCCUGCAGUGCUCCCCCAAGCAGCGGAUCUCCGCCCAGAAUGCCCUCAGCCACGACUACUUCAGCCAACUACCGCCACGGCUAUGGGAACUACCCGACAUGUCUCCUAUCUUCACGGUGACAACGAUAAAGUUGACGCCAGAGGCAGGUGACGCGGGCCACCAGGGGACGGAACAGCAGCAGCAGGCCUCCAGCCAGAAGACAUCAGCCAAGCAUUGACCAGCAGGCAGAAGCAGCUGCCAGGCUGGAAGACUUGAAGGAAGCGGUAAAGAGGACUGAAGGAUGGAAGAAAGGAGAGAAGGAUGGAAGAAAGGAGAGAAGGAUGGAAGAAAGGACAGUGGGAAUGAAGGAAAGGAGAGGAGGAAACUCAGCAAGAAGAGGAGACCAAAAUGACCUCUUACCUAUCUCUUAACUUAUUUGUCCAAAAGCGUUACGUUUCCAAGAGGUGUCCUGUGUGUGUAUGUGUGUGCGUGUGCGUGUGUGAGAGAGAGAGACAGAGAGAGAGAGAGGGAGAGAUUAGAGAGUGUGUGUAUGUGUGUGUUUGUUUGUGUGUUUGCAACACAAAUGAGUGCAUGAGUGUUCCUUUCUGUGUGUUCCUUACUGAAGAGUAAGGAACGUCAGAUUUGAUUUUUUUUUUUCAUUAAUAGCUUUUUAUUCCUUUGUUUACUUUGGAAUGUUGUUAUAUACAUUAUUAUUAUUAUUAUUAUCAUUACUAUUCACAUUUUGCUUACGAGUAUAGCGUAGCAUUUCAAGUCCAUCCAGAGACUGCUUUCGUACGUUUCUACCUACAAUAUGUAUGAAUGUAACAUUAGCAUGCUUGAUAAGACAUGUGCAGAACAUCAACCUGGUCAACAACAUCAUCUAUGUGGCUGUGUCCAAAACAGAAAAAGGCAAUGCUGCCUUCAAAGAAAUUGUGUGAUUGCAGUAGGGUAGAAAGGUAGAGUUUUUCAAAGGCAUAAUGUGCUGCCUACAAAGGUACCUCAUAGUUGUACCUCAUUGUGACGAUCAGCAGAUGCAUCCCGCAUGCUAACUUCACCCUCCUACACUCUAUGGAACUGUGAUUUAUAUAGAACUAUGGACUCGUAGUCACUAGCACUACCUUUGUGGGUGUAACAGAGGUGUUCCCACGAAGUUCAUCCCCCUUGCGGCCGCAAACUCACCACCUCGUCAAUGCAUCUGUUCGGCAAUGAGAGGCACAGUGCGAGACCGCUGAGCUAAAGGGCCGGUCCGACAGCCCAACGCUUACCACACUGUAUUGGCUGGCUUCGGGAGGGAGGUUUGCUAACGUUCCACGCCACUGUACACUCUGCUACUUGGUCUCCGUUCCACGGGCAGACCAUAUGAAGGAAUGGUUUCAACCUCGACGGACGUUUAUGGUCUGUGUCUGUGACUUGUUUGGCAGUGAAGACAGGAAAGUCAUCACUCUGGGUUUUCUGUUUUGGACAUGCGCAUUGCCUACGGAACAUUCUCACGUGAUGUACUAUCGUUUAAGUGCAGCCAAUGUUUCAAAGAAAGAGAUAGCAUUGCUGUCGCAUCCAUCUUUCUCAAUGACAAAAACAAAAAACAAAACAAAAAAACGCAUAGCCACGGCAACAACUAUACUCCUGCUCCAAUACUGAUGACGGCACUGAUGUACAGAGUAGCUCUGAGUAGAUAUUUGUUGUUUUAGCUUUGUAGAAUUUUAGUCGUUCUUUAGUCUUCUUAUGUGGUUCACUCCCGCUGGUGCAGACACUUAAACUGCGAAAUCAGUGUGUGAGGGAAGGCCAUAAGCUGAAAGACAUACACACACACACAAGCACACACCUGUCAGACUGCAUAUGUUGAAUGACUGUACUAGUCUUUUUGUCAGUGUGUGUGUGUGUGUGUGUGUGUGUGUGUGUGUGUGUGUGUGUGUGUGUGUGUGUGUGUGUGUGUGUGUGUGUGUGUGUGUGUGUGUGUGUGUGUGUAAGAGAGAUAGCGAAAGCGAGAGAAGACAGGGAUGUGCUUACAUAUUCGGACAUAUAUCUGUGGAUUGUGUGACGAUUAUGUGUCUAAUGCAUGCAAUACACUCACAACGUUUCUAGUAUGUGUGUGUGAGUGUGUGUUCAAAGGUGAGGCGCACUCAGUCAGGAAGAUUAGUAAAAAAUGGCAAAUUUAUAAAAGAGACGUAGCAUAACUCUUGAGACCUGAGACCUGACCCCGGAAGCAUUUCCUAUUUGACAUGUAGCUCUUUCUGACCGUCGACAAUCUGCACUUGUGAUUUGCACUCUUCCCUAAAGCCCUGUGACCCUAAACAUGUGUAUGCAUCCACCAAAUAAUGAAAUGAGUGAUUGAUGGCACUCACUAAUGAUUUAAAGGGUUUUUUGUUUGUAUUUUUACUCGCAAUGUCCAUUCUAUGAGCCCCAACUCCUGUCCAGAGAACAUUGAUGACGGAAAGAUAGUUGAUAAGGAGUUUAUUCUGAAAUCAAUACGACAUUAGGGUCUAACCUGCCAUCAUAUGGCUGCCAUGUCCCUCUAGGAGACUAGCAUGGCUUUAGAAUGAAUGGAGUUCAAUGGGAAAGUCGUGCCCAUUUAGGGAACCGGAAUUGAUCCCACGUGGUUACAUUGGUGACGCGUACUAUGCUUUAUCUUGGUUUCCAUUAAGAAGGUCUUUGUCUUGUCUCACAGGAGCAGACACAUACAGUAAACUACAGACAAAAAGAUGACAAUGACUGAUAACUUCUGUUUGAAUUCCCAAAACGUGUGUGCAUUGACUAAGCAAAACGAAAGCACCUUGAAUUCUUUGAACUCCUCUCGCAAAGCUGUGUCCAUGCUAUUGGUCACAGUUCAUAGGUUACAUUAGAAGGCUAAAGUUCACAGCCUAUAUUAACCAAUCACAGGAUCAGGAUGACGCAGACAGUUCAGCAAGAGAUAACGUUGACGGAUAACUUGUGUGCGGAUUCCGAGUGUGUGCAUCAGCCCAAUGAACGAUGGAUGGAACUUUCAACGCUUCAAACUCCUGGACGAUGUCCAUAUGAUUUGACAGGGACAGUCUCGGAAAACAGGUUAUGUGAGCCAGGGCUUCGCAGCUCUAGCCUCGCAGAACCAGACAUACAGUACACUUCAGCCAGAGAUGACGUCGAGAGAUAACUCCGCUGUAACUUGAGAUGACUCGCUGAAGCUAAAUCUAAAUCUAAAUCUAAAAACUAAAUCUUAGUAGAACGGCAUAAAUAUCCGAAGCGGAGACCUCAGGGUUUCCCUAAGAGGCACUCCACUACACUUCUGACCCUUGCCCCAACCUUGCCCCUCGUCCUGGGCUAUGGUCAGAGAUUCCCACCCUGCACUAUAUUGCUUAUGCUCAGCGUGCUAUUUUGGUAUAGGUCAACCCUUUCCUUCAAAUAUGCAUCUGGAUUGUUCUAGAACAUUCCAAAUAUUCCAACAAGCAUUCUAAUCAUUCUUUCUCCUGAUUGGUCUAAAUUGAACCCAAUGGUCUCCAUAGUAGUAUCUUACCAUGUGAUACAGAUGGCUGUAAAUGCAGUUAAUUCGUCCGGGUU